AUGCAGAAAUACGUAGAAAAAGCAACUCACCGUCUCAGAAAUGAGUAUAAUCGAAGAUUCGCUAUCGAGAGUUGCGAAACAAUGUGCCUUAAUGGGAUUCCCGCUUUCUUCGACUAUAAACAAUCAUUGAGUUGUCGCAUCAACUCGUACUAUUUAGAUGUUUACGGGAAAGUGCCACUCAAUUUACCAAAAUUAUUGUAUGAUUUGGGGAAAUUCGAACAUAAAUUGGCGGAGGCACAAUAUUUUCUCUCUUCUUUCAAAUACGAUCGAGGAACGAUUCCUAUUCAACGCAACAUCUACGAUUUCACGAAGUUCUUAACGAAAACUCAUCGCCUCAUUCAACAUCAUCAAUGGGAUCAGUUGGGGAAAGUCUGUGCACUCGAGGAAAGCCUCCGAAAGUCAUGUGAAUUUAAGUUAACGAAAAAGUGGCUCUUCGCUUCGGAUAAACAGGUUUCUUCGAAGGCAAAAGGUCAUUUUGUUCUCCAACAAGCGAUGACGUUAAUCAAAACUCAUCGCGCAUGGAGCCUGGAUGAUAACGCUCUGCUGGCUCAAUUCGCUUACAUGGUGACGAUGACACUCUUCGCAUGGGGCGAACUCGAACUUGUUGGCUUGUUACUGAAAUAUCGACAAUCGUCAAUGUUGUCAGGAAAAAAUCAAAAAUAUAUGCUGGCAAUCCAGUUGAUGCACAAAUACUUCACAGAGAGGCCGACAAGUCAACAUGGAGUUAAGGAUUUAGCGAAUGAGCUUUUGGGUUGUGCUUCAGAAUUUGGAAUUGGAGACGAGGGUUCACUUCUUGCCGAAAUGGCAUUACGUGUUAUGGCUCAAUCUGGGCAAUUGGACGACGAGACAAGUUUAUCGGAUAUACUUGACGAGUUGAUGGAGAACAGCUCGCUUAUCACAACGACGAUUACCACGUUGAAUAGCUUCAAUUUGCAAGAUGUCGAGCAAAGGAUUAAAGAUAUGUUACCCUACCAGAAGCCGAACGUUCAUUGUGCCGAUGAGCUGUGGGUUUUGUGGGCGGAAGGCACGAUACAAAACAAUCCCGCGUCACAUUUGGAAAUCGUGCAAACAAUGUUUGCGUUUUUGGAUUACGCGGAGAAUCAAAAAAAUUGGAGAGCCUGGGCUGUCCUGAAUCGAGCUCUUCAAGCAACAGAAGAGACUCUGUGGUCGAAUUUGUGGCUGGAAAGAAGUAGCUGGUGGCCAACUUUUCAUCACUCCACCGUUGAUGAGUCGGAUGAGGCGACGAUUCGGAGGAAAAUGGUUUUCACGGCCGUGCAUCCGGAUGAGCAAAAAUUCUUCAACACUGCGCUCGGCUUGGUGAAAUCGGCGGGAAGGAUUGUUCGUGAAGCUUUCGAGCAACCCGCUUCUGCUGUUGAGACGAAAUCGUCAAACACUGACCUUGUGACGGAAACGGAUCGAGCCGUGGAACGCUAUCUGAUUGAUGGACUACAUGCAGCUUUUCCUGAUCAUAAAUUUAUUGGCGAAGAAUCGGUAUCGGGUGGUGCGAAAAUUGAGUGGACAGAUGCGCCCACGUGGAUAAUCGAUCCAAUUGAUGGAACGACAAAUUUUGUGCAUAGAAUUCCGUUGAUUGCCAUUUGUGUGGGACUUUCGAUAAACAAGGAGUUACGAGGAGGAAUCGUUUACAAUCCGAUCACAAAUGAACUCUAUACAGCGCAGGUUGGAACUGGGGCCUUCAAGAACGGUUUUCCAAUUCACGCUUCGUCGACACAAGAGCUCUCAAAAGCGGUGAUCGCGAUCUCAUUGGGAAUUCACAACUUGAGAGAAUCAUUCGGUGCAAAAUGGACCGAUCUCAAUUUCGAGAAUCAACGAAAGCUGGUUCAAGCCGGAUUUCGAGGAAAUCGCUCGUUUGGGUCGGCGGCGAUUAACAUGAUGAUGGUUGCACAAGGGAGUGUUGAUGGGUACAUUGAGUACGGAAUUCAUGCGUGGGAUGUGGCGGCAGCUGCGGUGAUCAUUCGAGAAGCCGGAGGGACUAUCAUCAGUCCGGAUGGUUCUCCAUUCAACGUGAUGGGUCGUUGUGUUCUUUGCACGGGCACUCCACAACUUUCGUCGACCAUCUCGACCAACUUCACGCACGUCCAAUUUCAAGCCGAGGCU